AAAAAUCAAAGAGGGCAUGUUCUUUUGCUUUUUCUGUGAAACAAAUUAGGAGUCAGUAUUAAAAAAAAAAAAAAAAAAAAACCCUAAUUUGGAGUCUUAUAGUUGUAGUAAUUGAUGCUACUAGCCAAUCCUCAUUGCUGAGAAACCUGCUCAUACAAUAAGGGCAUCACAUGGCCGGUUCCGAAGUUGGAAAUGACGCUGAAUGGAUAGAGAGAGUAAAAUCUGGUGGAGCUGUUCCAUAUCUUGACCCAGAAAACUGUGCAAAUGGAUGGGCAUCUCCCCCAGGAAACAAGUUCAUGGUAAGAGGUCCAGAGUACUUUUCAAACAAGAUUAAAAUCCCUGCUGGUGAAUAUCUUUUAAAGCCUAUUGGAUUUGAUUGGAUUAGAAGUUCAACAAAAAUUGGGGAGGUCUUAAAAAAUCAGAAUAAUCGUGUUUGGAAGGCUAUUGCACUUCAGUUUACAGAUGGCGAUAAGCCUUUUGUUUGGGCUUUCAAUCUACAAGUCCCAACUAAAGAUAAUUAUAGUGCUAUUGCUUACUUUGUGGCCCCAAAACCUGUCCCGGAGGGAUCUUUGAUGGACCAGUUUAUUAAAGGGGAUGACAGCUUUAGAAAUUCAAGGCUUAAACUGAUUGCCAACAUUGUCCAAGGUCCUUGGAUUGUGAGAAAAGCAGUUGGGGAGCAGGCUAUAUGCAUAAUUGGGCGUGCUCUUUCAUGUAAAUACAUUAUAGGGGAGAAUUUCUUAGAAGUGGAUAUGGAUAUUGGAUCUUCAAUGGUGGCUAAUGCUAUAGUUCAUCUAGCAUUUGGUUACAUCACUACAUUGACUGUCGACCUGGCUUUCCUCAUUGAGAGCCAAACUGAUGCAGAGCUUCCAGAACAACUAUUGGGAGCUUUCAGAUUUUCUGAGCUGAACCCUGCUUCAGCUCAGCUGGUAGAACCAGGUACAGAUGGAAGUAGUGAUAACUUGCAGUCUUCUCUGCCAACACGUUUAUGGAAAUCACUUGGGCAGGGGUUUUCUCAGCUUCUGCAUCAAGGUGCUCAAGAAAGUUCCCCAGACUCAAUUCAUACUAAUGGAGUUGCUGAUCAUAAAGACAGUGAAGCCACUAAGAAAUGAUGAACCAGUAUACCCAACAAAAAUGCAUUUCUUGCCAUUGGAGACGAUUGACUUAUUUGUUUCAGAGUUGCUGAUGUGUCACAGCUUCAACAAUUUGAUGUCUAGUAGCAAUGCCAACCAUUUUUAAUUUGUUGAUGCUUAGUAAUUAGAUUCUUUUUCUCAUUUCAUAGUGUCUAUAUAGCAUAUGCAGAGUAUAUAUAUGAGGUCUAGUACCAAAUUUUAUAUUAGUUGGUUGAUUUGAACAUCAUUGAAUUUCUGUUCAGUUGGAAAUUAAAAAAAAAAAAUGUGAAGUUAUUUGGA